AAAAGCCCUUGAGACACUAGGCCUCAAUGCAGUCGUUGCAGUCGAGUGACUUGGAACACAGGCUCAUUCCAAGUGAACUUGGAUCAUGAAACUGUUCAUCUUGGCCACCUUGUUGGUGGCAGGAAUUGCUUCCACUCAUGGAUUCCGCUUCCUUGAGGAUGGAAAGGAGUAUGUCUACACCACUGAAGCCAGGGUCUCGUCUGGAACCAUGGACUAUGCUCCUGGUUCCUCGGGAUUCGCUUACAGGAUGACCACCCGAGUUCAAGUCAGCGGAAAAUCUUUGAACAUCCAGUUCAACGACAUGAAGUUCUCCCAAUUUGUCGGACUCCACACUCCCAAUCAAUCGCCCUUUGACUCCACCACCUUCACGGAUGUGGAUUCUCAAGCCAGCCCGUCUUUCAAAAUCACCUUGGGAGAUGAUGGUUUGUUCAAAGAGCUGGUUGUGCCAGACAAUGCCGGAACCUUCUACAAGAAUCUGAUGCGAGGAUGGGCUUCCACUCUCCAGAUCAACAGUGGCGAGAUUCGAAGCGGAAACAGGGGCUUCAAGAGCAAGGAACAAUUGAUCAAUGGUAAAUGUGAUGUCACCUACACCGUGACUGAUAAGGCUGUCCUCAAGUUCGUGUCCCACACUGAAGAUUGCGAACACCGUGUUUUCCGUAUCAUUGAUGACUACCGAGGCUACAAUUGCAAGAACCCUGGUUAUGACAAGGGCAUGAACUAUCCCAGCUCCACCGGGAACACCGUUUUCCUGACUGAGAAGACCGAUGCUGGAUACCAAAUCAACGCCAUCAUGACUACUGGUGCUUUUAUUGCUCAAUUCUAUGAGGAGGAAGGCUCAGCUCAAUUUGUCUACUCGAACACCACCUCCAAGUUGGUCGAGGUUAAGGGCUCGUCUGGCGAUAUCUCCGUGAGCGGAGAGACCAUCACCGAUUUGGCUUACGAAUUUUCUGACAAGGAAUACAAAUGGAACGUGGAACGUGACCUGAAGGCCAAGGAGCCCUUCUUCUCCAGUGGUUCUUAUUUCGAUGAGGAGUCUGCCGGUCUUCAAGAGGCACUCAAGAAAGGUAUCACCUUCCAAAAGACCUUGUUGGAAUCUCACUCCACUGAGAAGGAGCAUAUCGAAAAGGCUCACCGUUAUGGUAUCAAUAGCAUCUUGCCCAUCAUGUACUCAAUGGAUUACGACACCCUUCGUGGUGUGGCUGAUGAGCUCUUUGCCGACAAAUCCGACACCGGAGUGAUGAAAGCCAAUCUUUUCGCUGAGCUCUUGGGUAGUGCUGGAACCACGGCCUCUGCUCUUUUGGUCCGAGACAUGGUUAUGGAGAACAAAUUCGACAACGACCGUGAUGCUGCCCGUAUCAUGUCGGCGGUGCCAUUCCACAUUCGCCGACCCAAUCAACAAUUGGUCCAGGAAUACGAAAAGCUUUUGAACUUUGAUGGUGGCCGAUUCGUCAAGAUGGCUGCUCCUUUGGCUCUCGGUCAUUUGGUGCGCGUGACCUGCGAACGUGCUGGCUCCUUCAUGUCCCAAGAGGCCAAGGAAUGCGGCAUGUCCCUGGGUGCUGAAUAUGUGAACAAGUUCUUUGACAAGUACCGCACUGCCAGCGAUCGUGAGGAGAAGAGUUUGGCUUUGGCUGUUCUUUCCAACUUGCGAUGGGGCGGACAAUUGAAGGCCUUGCGACCCGUUAUCUAUGGAGAGAUUGAAAGCGACCCUGCUCUUCGUGCCCAGGCUUUGUGGGCAUCCGGAUGGGAGGCCAUGCUUUCCGGCCGUGGUGUGGACACUUUCCUGCCUCUCUUUGUUGACCACUCUCUGUCCCAUGAGCUCAGGAUCGCCGCUUUGGAGAUGAUUUUCUACUCUCGACCCUCCACCGCUGAGAUGGGCAACAUCCUUACCAGCCUGUACAAGGAGUCCAGCUAUGAGCUGGUCAACUACGCCUUCACCUUGUUGGAGAAGUAUGCCUCUUCCGUGGAUCCUUGCGACGAACAGAACCGAGACUUGGCCAAGCAUUUCCUCAAGUACAUGAAGCAAUGGAGUAACUACCAGACUGAUUGGGGAUUCGGCGUGUCCAAGACCUAUUCUCGUCAAUUCAACAAGGAGAAGUACGGCUAUGCUGGCACUACCUCGUUCUAUUCCAUUGGUUCCACUGAAUCCACCAUGCCCUUGGCCGCCGGUUUUGCUCUGACCAACACCAUGAUGAACACCUACCAAACCUACAUGUUUGCCGCUCAUUUCCGUCUGGAGGGCGCCUCCAAGGCUCUCAUCCGUAAAUUUAAGAAGAUCGAUCCCAACACAUGGAAGACCGCUGAACUCGAGCAAAUCUUCAAUGGCGAUAUGGCCAUCCGUGCCCGCCCUGAUCAAGCCGUCCGCGCUAGUAUCACUCUCAUGCUCAAGGGCGUCGUGGUGUUCCAACGAAGCUAUGAUGACACCGACUUUGGACCUGACGGCAAGAUUGGCUCAUUCAUGGAGAACGUGAAGGGAUUGGGAGACACCUACAGCAUCAACCAUCAACGUGUUGUCCAACUAGGAGCUGUACUCUACGAGCAACCUACUCCUCUUGGUAUUCCAAUGGCUGUUAUGAGCUCCAUCACUUCCAUGGGCCAUUUGACCGCUACCGUUAAGCGAGGAAAUCACCGUGGUCUCCUCUACCGAGAUAUUGAAUACGACGCCCAUGCCUUCACCCAGAGCAAUCGACUUGCCCUGGUCAACCAUCCCAUCCGCAAAGCUACCUUCGGUAUUGUCAAUGACCGCAUUUACCACAAGCAUUUCCCCAGGAAGAUUGUGAUUGGCGUGAACCCCAUCAAGAAGGAGUUAAAGCUCAGCAUCUCUCGUCCCAGAUAUGACAAGCCCUGGAUCGUUUUCAUGCAUUCCCAAACCACCGUCAUGGUCCGUGGAGCUAACCUCCGUGGUGAAUAUGAUGGUCUCCAGAAGAACUGCCCCAGCUGCCAGAACCGAGUGUUGAUCUCCCGUGGCCCUAAUGCCGUCAAGACCAGGUCCUUUUUGGAUCGAACCAACGAGAAGGCCGGUAGCUACUUGUAUGGCGAAUACUUUGAUUGCGAGAUGGACGUCAGCCGUGGCAACACCAUCAAACACACUUUGGGAGCUUUCGCCCCCUACAACAAGAACCCCAAGAGUGCUUGGACGAGCGUGGUCAUGGGCAUCCGUCAAGUCCGUGCCUUCUUCUACCUCUUCCCCAAGAACGAGCAAUGCGGUGCCAUGCUCAGAUGGUCCCAAUCUGAGGAGAACCCCGUCAAGGAGAUUGAUAUCACCAUCCGCGGUAACGUUGAGUCCAAUGGCGAGCGCAUGUUCUUCCGAGGAAGGAAAUGGUUCAUCAAGGCCCUCAUCAAGGCCAAGGGCGAGCCCACUGACCGAUCAUACAGGAUCAAUGUUGCUUAUGAAUUCACUCCCGGCUACCUCCAGAAUAACCUCAAGAUCCAAAUCAACCGUGCCCCUGUCCCAUCUUUGGGCAUGAGCCCUUAUUCCAUUUGCUUUGCUCUCAACAACGAGUACCCCGACUUCAGCAAGGAGUUCAUGGGUUAUGAUGAAAACAAUAAUAUGGCCGUCUCCGGAAAAGCCAUGGUCCAAUACGGUGCCGUGUCCUCUUGCAGCGAUGCUGAGGGCGAAAUUCGAGUGGCCUUUGAACACUCCACCACCAAAGAGGCCCGCAGAGAACUCCGGGACAAAUGGUACUACAAGCAGUGCAUGGAACUCAAGAACUCCAAGGGCUGGAAGUCUCGCUCUGAAUUGCCUGUGGCCGAGCCGUGCUACAUGACCGUUUGGGAUGCCACCAAUGCUCGCAAGUACACCUGGGAUGUCAAAUUCGUCAAGCUCACUCCCCGCAUGAAGUCCAUCAUCUCGAACGUACAGAGCGCUGUUAAGGCCGGUCUUUUGCCCUACUGGGAUAUGGAUCCUGAGGAUGAGAGCUCUUCUAAUGGCGAUGUUGGACCUUUCCUCAACAUUGAGGCCACCUUCAAGAACAACGAAAGGAACGUCGACAUCAAGCUUGAGAGCAGCCAAGGCCAAGAGGAGUUCAACGAUGUGCCUCUCCGUCUCAACUGGUCCAAGAGGCUCAGAAAUCUCAAAUUCACCAACACCCUCAAGCGUUUGUUCUACUCCAGGAUCAUCAACCCUUGCAUUGCCACUGACAGCACCAUCCGCACCAUGGACAAUGUGACCUAUCCUUAUGAGGCCAGCUCUUGCUGGACCUUGGCCAGUGGCCAUUGUGGACCUACCCCUACCUACGCCGUCUUCACCAAGAAGGGAUCUGGUAUGCCUUUGGCCGCCAAGGUCUUCAUUGGAGGACACGAAGUCGAAUUCACUCCCAACGGUCCAGGAGACAUUGGAAUCACCGUCAACGGUGCUGAUGUGUCGGUCAUCGACCAAGGGGAACACGUUCAUACUCAAGACAGCGUUGAAAUUUUCAAGAUCUUCCGCUGGGGUUCUUCCUACCACGUGUACUCCUUCCUGAAGGUGUGGGUGACUUACGACGGUGGCUUCAUCGAAGUGGUUCCCGCUCCCUCUGUCAAGGGACAACACUGCGGUCUUUGCGGCAACUACAACCGCAACCAACAAGAUGAGUUCACCGCCAAAGAUAUGUCCCGUCUCGACAGCUCGUCCGCCAUGGUUGAAAACUGGCAAUGGAAGUGCUAAGACAUGACCAUUCAACAGGUUCAUUCAAACAACCAGAUCUGCAAGCAAAAUUGAACAGCCUUCUCUUCUUUUGCGAGAUGCUUUCCAAUUUUGACAGCCAGGAAUUGACCUGAGCGUGUCUGAAGCAAUGACAUUGUCAUCAUCCUCUUUGAAAUAAGUAAUAAAAAAGAGUAUUACAA